GGCAGGUUAGCCGUGGACUACACGUCCCUGCUUGCUUCAGGAAACGCAUGCACAGUGUAGGAUCAGCGCCGGGCCUGGGUUGCUGGCACGCAUGCGCUGUGAUGACGCAGUGGAGUCUGCCUGGAGGAGGCGUGAGGUGAUGUUGUAGAAGACGGUGCGAGGACUGGAAGACGGAGGGCAAGUUGUAUACAUCGAUAUGAGCUGGAUAUUACCGGGGACGACAGCACCGAGCACCUGACGGCAGAAUCUACUUUUGAAAGGACACCGAUGCCAAGGCUGCAUUUCAUGAUUUUUUUCCAGCUUCUCUCUUGAACUUGCAUAGUCUUCAAAAGUCUUUGUUAUUUGUACUUUGCCCAAGGAGACUCUUCACUUUAAUCUGGCACCAUGUCAGGAAGUUACACCCCAUCUCCGGGUGGCCCUUUUUCUGCUUUGACCCCAAGUAUGUGGCCACAGGACAUACUUGCAAAAUACACACAGAAGGAGCAGUCUGUAGAGCAGCCAGAGUUCCGCUAUGAUGAGUUUGGAUUCAGAGUGGAUAAAGAAGAUGGUGCAGAACCUAAUUCAAGUAAGCUAUUGGGUAUCCCACUGACAGAAGACCCCCAGCAGAGGCUGAAGUGGCAAGCCCACCUAGAGUUUACCCACAACCAUGACGUAGGAGACCUAACGUGGGAUAAGAUAGAUGUGACACUCCCUCAUUCUGACAAACUGCGCUCGCUUGUACUAGCUGGAAUUCCUCACAGUAUGAGACAACAGCUUUGGAUGCGGCUCUCUGGUGCACUUCAGAAGAAAAGGAAUUCAGAGAUGACUUACAGAGACAUUGUACGGAACAGCUCAAAUGAUGAGACUCUAGCAGCUAAACAGAUUGAAAAGGACCUGCUUAGAACGAUGCCCAGCAAUGCUUGUUUCUCCAAUCUGCAAAGUGUAGGUGUGCCUCGUCUCAGAAGAGUGCUUCGCGGACUGGCGUGGUUGUACCCAGAUAUUGGGUAUUGCCAAGGCACUGGCAUGGUGGCUGCAUGCUUGCUUCUCUUUUUGGAGGAAGAAGAUGCCUUCUGGAUGAUGUGUGCUGUUAUAGAAGAUCUGGUGCCUGCAUCCUAUUUUAGCACCACACUGCUAGGUGUUCAGACAGACCAGCGAGUACUCAGACACCUCAUUGUUCAGUAUCUUCCUCGGCUGGAUAAGCUUUUACAGGAACAUGAUAUUGAGCUGUCCCUCAUCACUUUGCACUGGUUCCUUACUGCAUUUGCCAGUGUGGUGCACAUAAAACUGCUGUUACGGAUCUGGGAUGUAUUCUUCUACCAAGGCUCUCUGGUCCUGUUCCAGACCACUUUGGGCAUGCUAAAAAUUAAGGAAGAAGAACUCAUCCAAUCUGAAAACUCUGCCUCCAUCUUUAAUACCCUAUCAGACAUUCCGUCCCAAAUAGAAGAACCAGAUGUGUUGCUACGAGAGGCCAUGAUGAUUGCAGGGACACUUACAGAAGUCAUGAUUGAAGCCCAACGACGCAAACAUCUAGCUUAUCUCAUUGCAGACCAGGGCCAACUGCUCAACUCCACUGCUGCUGUCACCAACCUUUCCAAAAUUAUGAGAAGACAGAGUCAGAGAAGGAAGUCUGGUAUUACAACGCUUUUAUUUGGCGAUGAUGACUUUGAAGCUCUAAAAGCAAAGAAUAUCAAACAGACUGCAUUGGUUGCAGAUCUGCGGGAAGCCAUCCUACAAGUUGCACGUCACUUCCAGUGCACUGAGCCUAAAAACUGCAACAUUGACCUGACACCUGACUACUCUAUGGAAAGUCAUCAGAGAGAUCAUGAAAAUUAUGUCUCAUGCUCCCGAAGCAGGCGUCGCAGAGCUAAGGCACUUUUGGACUUUGAGCGCCAUGAUGAUGAUGAGCUUGGCUUUCGCAAAAAUGACAUCAUUACGAUCAUUUCCCAGAAGGAUGAACACUGUUGGGUUGGGGAAUUGAAUGGACUAAGGGGCUGGUUUCCUGCAAAAUUUGUGGAGAUUCUUGAUGAAAGAAGUAAAGAGUACUCAAUUGCUGGGGACGACUCUGUGACUGAAGGUAUCACAGAUUUGGUUCGGGGAACAUUAUGUCCAAGUAUUAAGGCAAUAUUUGAACAUGGACUCAAGAAGCCCUCUUUGUUAGGUGGACCGUGUCAUCCCUGGCUCUUUAUCGAAGAGGCUGCCAGUCGAGAAGUAGAAAGAGACUUUGACUCUGUGUAUUCUCGCCUUGUUCUCUGCAAGACAUACAGGUUAGAUGAAGAUGGCAAAGUAUUAACUCCAGAAGAGUUACUAUACCGAGGCGUACAGUCUGUAAAUGUGAGUCACGAUGCAGCUCAUGCACAGAUGGAUGUCAAAUUGCGCUCUCUUAUUUGUAUUGGACUGAAUGAGCAAGGGAUCCAUCUGUGGCUUGAGGUGCUCUGUUCUAGCUUGCAGACAGUGGAGAAGUGGUAUCAGCCAUGGUCUUUUCUGAGGAGCCCAGGCUGGGUGCAAAUCAAAUGUGAGCUGAGGGUUCUCUCAAAGUUUGCCUUUAGUUUGUCACCUGACUGGGAAUUACCCGUGAAAAGGGAGGUGAGUGAAAAAGAGAAGAAGCCGCUGAAGGAAGGCGUGCAGGACAUGUUAGUUAAACACCAUCUCUUCAGUUGGGACAUUGAUGGAUGAUUGUUCUCAUCUUCUGCUGACCCUAUGGAACUUGAUUAAACUUCAUUCCUGCUGUGCACUUUUCUAUUACUGUUCUACUGCCAAGGACUCUCUCAAGAAACUCUUGUUAAUACACAAACUCUGGAUUUACACUCCAGUUUGAAUGUAAAGGGAGAAAUGCUAGACCACUUAGAAACACUGGAAAGCGAUUGUGUCACACUUGAACUACUCUUUAAUUCUGUUAUUUUCAUUUGGUCGGUUUGCGUUUGUCUGACAUAUAAGAGUGGAUGUGCCAUCGUCAUAUAGUUCUGUAGCUGUGUGUAUAUAAAAUAUAUAUAAAUAUAUACAAGUGUAUAUUUUGAAACCAA